CAACCAAGCAGACAGCAGUCUUUUACAUUUCCAACUUGGCAAAAUAAAGGUUUGAUUUUUAUUUUUUAUUUCUAGAGAAAUCUUUUUAAGAAUUUUUUUUUAAAAGCUCAAUAAACUCGAAACCAAUCCUCCAUUUGAAAAAAAAAAGAAAGUGAAAAAUGGCUGGUUACAGAGCAGAAGAUGACUAUGAUUACCUUUUCAAAGUAGUAUUAAUCGGAGAUUCAGGUGUGGGAAAAUCCAAUUUACUCUCAAGAUUCACUAGGAACGAGUUCAGCUUAGAAUCCAAAUCCACCAUUGGUGUUGAGUUCGCAACUCGUAGCUUAAAUGUUGAUGGCAAAGUCAUCAAAGCUCAGAUUUGGGAUACUGCUGGUCAAGAAAGGUACCGAGCCAUAACAAGUGCUUAUUACCGAGGAGCCGUUGGUGCACUCCUCGUGUACGACGUUACCCGUCAUUCCACAUUCGAGAACGUUGAGAGGUGGUUAAGAGAGUUAAGGGAUCACACAGAUCCCAACAUCGUAGUCAUGCUCAUCGGUAACAAAUCAGAUCUUCGUCACCUCGUGGCCGUCCCAACUGAAGACGGGAAGUCUUUCGCUGAGAAAGAGUCUCUCUACUUCAUGGAAACUUCUGCUCUCGAAGCUACAAAUGUAGAGAACGCAUUUGCCGAAGUUCUUACUCAAAUCUACCAUAUCGUAAGCAAAAAAGCCAUGGAGACAGCCGACGAAGGGACUGCAUCAACCGUUCCUUCCAAAGGCGAGAAAAUCGAUGUUGGUAAAGACAUCUCUGCAAUGAAGAAAGGGGGUUGUUGCUCAAGCUAAGAAAAUGACAUAAACCCGAACAUCCAAUUGUUUAACGACGCAGCUGGGGGUCGUUCUGCUGUGUCGGUUUUGUAGAAUCUUCUCGAAAAGGUGCCUAACAGUAGGAAUUUCGGGUGAGAUCGGUUCGGUUUACAUCCAAAUUUUUUUUCCAGGGAAUUAUAUUGUUGAAUUUAAAUAGGUGAAUUGGGCUAUCAAUGAUGUUUGUAGUGUUUAUGUUAGUUUAGGACAUGCUUUUACCUUUUUAUGAAUGUUACAAAGGACAAUUGUGGUGUUUAAAACUUAAAAUCGUUCAAGCAAUGAACACCUUUUGAUUGUUGUGGGCAUGCCAUAAGUCCCUGUACCUUUUUGUAAAUUUAUCAUUAUGUCAUAAGUCCUUGUACUUUUUGUAAUUUUAUUUUUAUGCCAUAAAUUUCUGUAUUUUU